GAAUAAAUAAUCUAGACCGGCCCCCGGUGAGAGAAUUGGAAGUCCCCAGGUAUUAUUAUUAUUAAUUCCAGAGAUCCAGAUACUUCUCUGUGACGAUGUGCGUACAGUUGCCUAACCCUGCCUGGGCUGCUGUAGUGGUAAAUACAUACCAGUAAGUUCCCAGGUGGUACUCAGUCUACUUCCGAUCAAUACCAACCAGUACCGAACAGAGUUGGAGAAAUGAGGUGAUCAGUCGCCGAGGUACUGCUUUUCCCCUCUAGUCGAUUGUUCCUCAACUCUUUUGCUUUCCCCCGCCGGAUACAUACCAAUACGGUAACGAAUUCCUUUCCCCGCGCGGGUCUGACUAAACCGCCGGCAAAUGAUUUUCUGAAAGGCUUUUGGUUCAGUCGCCUUCCAUCAUCCAUUCAAAAGUCCCUUCUUCUUCUCUCCCAUCGCUUUCGAAUCUUUGGUACUCCUUAUCCACCUCUUCCUAUAUCGCACUACGUACAAACACCCAUUUGAGCCCCCGGUUUUAUCGCUCUGAGAUCUCUACCCCAACCCGCAGCCAUGACUGACAUCACCGCUGGGGAGGAUGUCCACCAGCCCCCCGCCCAUAUCCCUCCGGCACCGAUGGAGGACUAUCAGUUCCCCGAACUCCGCCUGAAGCGCAAGAUGGAUGACCCGGAGAAGACCCCUUUGCUACUGGUUGCUUGUGGUUCUUUCUCGCCCAUUACUUACUUGCAUCUGCGUAUGUUCGAAAUGGCAGCCGAUUACGUCAAAUUCAGCACGAACUUUGAACUCAUCGGCGGAUAUCUCUCUCCGGUGUCGGAUGCCUAUCGCAAGGCCGGUUUGGCCGCUGCAGAGCAUCGAAUCGCUAUGUGCCAACUUGCAGUGGACCAAACCUCCGACUGGCUAAUGGUUGAUACAUGGGAGCCAAUGCAGAAGGCAUACCAACCAACUGCCGUCGUGCUCGAUCAUUUCGACCACGAGAUCAACACUGUCCGAGAGGGAAUUGAAGCCGCAGACGGCACACGGAAGCCCGUACGUAUCGCUCUUCUGGCAGGAGCUGAUCUGAUCCAUACCAUGUCGACCCCGGGAGUGUGGAGUGAAAAGGAUUUGGACCACAUUCUUGGCAAAUAUGGUUCUUUUAUUGUUGAACGCAGCGGAACGGACAUCGAUGAAGCGCUUGCUGCACUGCAGCCCUGGAAGGACAAUAUCCAUGUGAUUCAACAGCUGAUUCAGAACGACGUCAGCAGCACCAAGAUUCGUCUUUUCCUCAGACGUGAGAUGAGCGUCCGUUACUUAAUCCCGGUGCCGGUCAUCCGCUAUAUCGAACAGCACCGCCUGUACGGAGACGAUAGCACGACAACCAACUCCACAUCCGACAAAGGCAAGGGGAAACAGGAGUCUAGCAAGUCAGGUUGAUACCCUCAGACCUUGCAAUCGUGUUAGCCCCUUUAGCCACGCAUAAGAGUACGGAUCAGCCCCUUUCUGCUAUCACGCGGCAGAGAGGGCCCAGCUGCUGAGAGCUUUGCGCGCUAUGAGAAAAUCCCUUGUUACUUAUCU